AUGCCGCCCCCGCCGGGGGCUUUGAACCCCUUGCGGCCCCUAUCGAAGAGUCUGCAGACCCUGCGCCGCGGCUUCCCCUCGUCGUCAAUCUCUCCUCUCUCUUCUCCCUGCCGGUUCUCCCCUGCGACGAAUGCGAGCGCUACGAUAACAACAAAGACGACGAGAAUAACAGCCGCUGCCUCGCGAGCCUUCUCCACCACCCAGCCCGCCCAGGUCAAAACCAUCAAGCCGCACCGCCUGCCCUCGAACCUCAUCCCCCCCUACCCUUACGGCGAGCGGCGCGUCUACAAGCAGUCCAACCGAGGCCUCUACGGCACCGCUCGCAUCCGCUUCGGCAACAUCAUCGCUGAGCGGUACCGCAACAAGGCUCGCCGUUUCUGGCGUCCCAAUGUCCACGUCAAGGUCUUUUACUCGGCCUCGCUCGACGCCCGCAUAAAGACGCGCCUCACCCUGCGCGUCCUCAAGACCAUCCGCCGCGAGGGCGGCAUCGACAACUAUCUGCUCAAGAGCAAGCCCGCCCGCCUCAAGGAGCUCGGCCCCGGCGGCUGGAACCUGCGCUGGCUCGUCAUGCAGACAAGGGUUGUCCAGGAGCGUCUCAACGAGGAGAGGCUCGCGCUAGGCGUCGAGCCCAAGGCCAUCGUGAAGCGUGACGACAUUAUUCAAUAUGCCCUCGACUUCGCGACCCCAGGGCCUUUGAGCGUCCGCAGCCGCGCUACGCUAGACGAGAUCCGCGGCGUCGUGGCCGGUAGCUUUGUGCUGGGCAAUGACACCUUGGGAGACGUAGAAGGCAUCGAGGAGCUAUCCGACGAGGCCGAGGCGGUUCUGCUGCAGCAAUCAGACGAUGCAGAUUUGGAACCUACGGGGAUAGACGCGGGUAAGCAACGCGCCGACAUCUAA